AGACUGCUCUUAGGUCCCCAACCCUGACAGGGAGGUAGGGGUGAGGAGGAGGGAGAGGGUGCACACCUCUGAUGCUGGCACGUGCACAAUCCAGUGGUGUGCCCCUAGCAAAAUGUGUGCAGAUAAGCGAGAGAGUGGAGCCUGGGGGUGUGUGAGGGGGCACCCGCGCAGGCUCCCGGGGGCCUGGGGACCUGGGUGCCAGGCUGGGCUGGGCUGAGGCGGGGGUCCCCCUGGGGAAGAGCCCAAGUCUCCCAGUCCCCUCCCCCGACCCUGUUCUAAAGCUCAGCCAAAGAGGAGAAAGAACUGACCGUCCUGGGCUGGGGGGAAGGGGGAGGCCCCGCAGCCCCCACGCCACCCGAGUCUGUUGUUGAGGAAGAGAGGUGUCGGGUUACGGCCCGCGGGGGCUAUAGUUAGCAGUGGGGACCGGCCGCCCGCAGGACUGAGGACGGCAGGACAGUACGACGCAGCCCCUGCCCGCCGCUGCUCUAGGUGGGUCCCCGGCCCCCGCCCCAGCCCCCGCACCUCCCCCCCCCCCCCGCCCAGCGGUGAAAUAACGUCCCCCUCCCCCCGCCAUCGUGAAAAAGUCCCCGGGCAGAAGAUCAAGGGGACUUGUGGGCGUCUGGGAGGGAGACUGGGGUCCUGCUCCAGCCUGGGGGCUGCGGGUGGCAAUGGUAGCAGUCAGAGCCGAGGCCCCGCCCGCCCCCCUUAGACCCGCCCCGGACACGCCCACCCACCUGAACCUGCCCCUGGACGUCGGACCCUCACUGAAAAGCAGAAGGGGCUCCAGAACUUUUCCCACCACCCCCGGAAGCCUACAGCUGACAGAAUCUGAUGCCCCCUCCUCCGGACCUCGGUCUGCUGUACCCCCCACAGGGGAAAAUGCUGGCGACCCUGCUGUUCACCCUCCACACGCUUUGGCAGGUUCCUUGGGGGAACAAGCCAGCCUGGCUCCCACUUCUCCAUCUGGCCUGUUGGCCACCAGGAGACAGACGGAGAGCCGGGAAUCUCGGGCCAACAGAGGCAGGGGCUCAAGCUGUUCCUAUCCUGCCCCUGGGUCUGGCCCCCGACACAUUUGACGAUGCCUAUGUGGGCUGCUGGGAGGAGAUGGAGGAGAAGGCUGUGCCUCUGCUGAAGAAGGAGCUGGCCCACCACGCCCUGUUGCGGGAGUCCUGGGAGGCAGCCCAGCAGACCUGGGAACUCCGGAAACAAGGGCUCACGCUACCCCAUGGCUUCAGAGCCCAGCACGGGAUUGCCAUCAUGGUCUAUACCAAUUCCUCCAACACCCUGUACUUGGAGCUGAACCAGGCCGUGAGGACUGGCGGUGGCUCCCGGGAGCUCUACAUGACGCACUUCCCCUUCAAGGCCCUGCACUUCUACCUGACCAGGGCCCUGCAGCUGCUGCGGGGGAGUGGGGGCUGCUGCCAGGGACCUGGGGAAGCGGUCUUCCGAGGUGUGGGCACCCUGCGCUUUGAACCCAGGCGUCUUGGGGACUCCAUCCGCUUGGGUCAGUUUGCCUCCAGCUCCUUGGAUAAAGCGGUAGCCCGCCGAUUUGGUAACGCCACCCUCUUCUCUCUAAGGACUUGCUUUGGGGCCCCUAUCCAGGCCCUGUCUGCUUUCCCUGAGGAACGUGAAGUGCUGAUACCCCCCCACGAGGUCUUCUUGGUCACCAGGUUCUCCCGGGAUGGAGCCCAGAGCCUGGUGACUCUCCGGAGCUAUAAUCAGACCUGCAGUCACUUCAACUGCGCCUAUCUGGGUGGGGAGAAGAGGCGAGGCUGUGUGUCUGUGCCAACAGGGGGCCAGCCAGACUCAUCCUAUUGGAAAUCCCUGCUCUUAGCCACAGGGGGACUCCAGACUUCAGGAGCUGAUCCCUGAAAGUCUGGACCUGUCAGUAGGAGUGAGAAGGGCUUCGAGUAGCCGCACACAGCAAGGACCUGGUUUGGGACCCAGUCUUAGCAGCCACCUCCCCAGCCAUGAUGUGGGGUGGUGACACGUGCUAUGUGCUCUGGACUCCCUGGGACACAAGGGUAGUGCCGUGGUGACCACGUGAUUAAACAGUGUUGCAGUGCCGUGCCAUUCA